CUAAGAAAUUUAAAAACUAUAAAUUAUCAUGUUUUUACAACUUUCAAGACAAGUAAAUGUGCAGUUAUGUCACAAAUAUUUACCACUGGUUGGUGCCUAUUCUGGGGCUUGGAUUCAAAGGGGAGAAAAGUACAAUUAUUGUCACUAUCCUCUUAAUAGAAGUUUCACUACAUCAGUUGUCAGUUGCAAGGAAUCGUAUUUGAGUGAAAAAAUAAGGAAAGAAAUAGACCUAUCAGUGUUCAAAAGUGUUGAUUUUAAAGAGUUGAAAAGUUCUCCGUUUCCAGCUAUAGUGUAUGGAUUUGGAGGAAUUAUUCCUUUUGUUUUCCCUCCAUUGUAUUUCAUUGUUGGGUCUUACAGCCCAUUUUUAGCAACAUCUCAGUUGUUUUAUGGUGCAACAAUAUUAGCCUUUGUUGGUGGUGUUAAAUGGGGAAAUGCCUUGGCCAAAGAUAACAUUUCUCAUGAUCAAAUGGGUGUGAGUGUAAUUCCAUCUCUGGUAGCGUGGAGUUCCUUGUUAGUUCCUGAACCUCUUGGAUUCUUGAUUGUCUCAUCUGGCUUGUUGGGUGCUCUUUAUGUUGAUUUGGUGUCCAGUAAAUAUCCUCCGUGGUUUCGUGCUAUGAGAUCAACAUUAACAGGAAUUUCAGUCUUUUCUCUUAUUACUACGUUAUUAUGUCACAUACUACAUUAAAGAACAAUAUUAGGUAAAGAACAGCUGUAGUCUAAUAGUACUGUUAAUCUACACACUUUUUUUUCUAUACGUUGAAAAAAUUAUCAAUUCGUUAGAUUAAAUUCAUUAGUCUAGUUAGUUUGUCAGGUUCUACAUAUUAUGUUAAACUCAAUUUUGUAAUAUUUUUUUAAAGAAAGGCCAACAAAAUUAAUCUACAAUAUUACAGUUUAUCCUAGUUGGUGUUUUAUUACAAUGGUGGUUUUCUGUAUCUAGUUUUUCUAAUUGUG